AUGCCCGCUGCUGCCGAAAAGAAGAAGGUGGCUCCGUCCACGCACCUCAUCGCCGGAGGCAUUGCCGGCUUCGCAGAGGCCUGCACAUGUCAUCCGCUGGAUACGAUCAAGGUGCGGAUGCAGCUGUCGCGCCGCGGCCGCGGCACCGGCGAGAAGCCGAGAGGCUUCUUUGCCACGGGCGCAUACAUUGUCAAGCGCGAGACGGCCCUCGGCCUCUACAAGGGCCUCGGCGCCGUCGUGGCCGGCAUCGUGCCCAAGAUGGCCAUCCGCUUCAUGAGCUUCGAGUACUACAAGACCGCGCUGGCGGACAAGAACACGGGCAUCACUAGCUCCAAGGGCGUCUUCCUCGCCGGUCUCGGUGCGGGUACCACCGAGGCCGUCGUCGUGGUCAACCCCAUGGAGGUCGUCAAGAUCCGCCUCCAGGCGCAGCAGCACUCGCUCGCCGACCCGCUCGAGGUGCCGCGGUACCGCAACGCCGCCCACGCCCUCUACACCAUUAUCCGCGAGGAGGGCGUCAUGACCCUCUACCGCGGUGUCGCUCUGACCGCUGCGCGACAGGCGACCAACCAGGCUGCCAACUUCACCGCUUACCAGGAGCUCAAGGCGUUCGCCCAGAAGUACCACGGCACGACCGAGCUGCCGUCGUACGAGACGGCCGCCAUCGGCCUCAUCUCUGGUGCUCUUGGACCCUUCUCCAACGCGCCCAUCGACACCAUCAAGACGCGUAUCCAGCGCGCCUCGCGCGUCGAGGGCGAGACGGCCCUCAGCCGCGUCGUCAAGGUGGCCCGGGACAUGUUUGCUCAGGAGGGAGUGAGCGCCUUUUGGAAGGGAAUCACGCCGCGAGUCGCGCGAGUCGCCCCAGGCCAAGCCGUCGUCUUCACCAUCUACGAAAAGGUCAAGAAGUACCUCGAAAUGGCCAAGGCGGGCGAGUUCAACCUGACCGACACGAGGUCGGACGAGUAA